AGAGCAGCAGCUGCACCCCUGCGCACUGCAACACCCGUUGCCUGCUGAUGAUGCAAUCGCCGCGCGUCGGCUGCUGUCAGCGCCUUGCAGCCCAAGAUGAAGGCCCCGCCGCUCUCCAACUGCGAACGGCGCUUUCUGCUGAAGGCCAUCGAGGAGAGGAAGCGCCUGGACGGGCGGCAGUGCUAUGACUACCGGAACGUGCGCAUCUCCUUCGGCGCCGACUACGGCUGCUGCAUCGUGGAGCUGGGCAAGACCAGGGUUCUUGCACAAGUCUCAUGUGAGCUUGUUACCCCCAAGCCGAACCGGCCCACUGAAGGGAUCCUCUUCUUCAAUCUGGAGCUCUCACCCAUGGCUGCACCUGGGUUUGAGCCUGGCAGACAAUCCGAGUUACUGGUGAAACUGAACAGACUGAUAGAACGAUGCCUGAGAAAUUCCAAAUGUAUAGAUACAGAGUCUCUUUGCAUUGUUGCUGGUGAAAAGGUUUGGCAAAUCCGUCUGGACCUGCACCUGCUGAACCACGAUGGCAACAUCACCGACGCCGCCGGCAUGGCGGGCAUCGCCGCGCUCUGCCACUUCCGCAGGCCCGAGGUGUCUGUGCAGGGGGACGAGGUGACUGUGUACACUCCUGAGGAACGUGAUCCUGUCCCCUUGAGCAUCCACCAUAUGCCUGUUUGUGUCAGUUUUGCCUUCUUCCAGCAAGGGACCUAUCUAUUAGUGGAUCCAAGUGAACGAGAGGAAUCUGUAAUGGAUGGAGUCCUCGUCAUUGCCAUGAAUAAACACCAGGAAAUUUGCACCAUCCAGUCCAGUGGAGGGAUUAUGCUUGUAAAGGAUCAGGUUCUGAGAUGCAGUAAAAUAACAGCUGUUAAGGUUGCAGAAAUAACAGAACUCAUUCAAAAAGCCUUGGAAAACGACCAGAAAGUUAGGAAAGAAGGUGGGAAGUUUGGCUUUGCAGAAUCUAUACCGAAUCAAAAGAUCACAGCCUUCAAAAUGGAAAGUGCUGCUGUGGACACUAACAAUGUGGAAGAACAAGCAGAAGAAAUCAUCACUAAAGCUGACCCUCCUUCAGAAGUUUUUGCAAAACCAAUAUUGCACACUCCUGGCACAGCCCAAAUUGGGGAAGGAAUAGAGAACUCUUGGGGAGAUCUUGAAGAAUCUGAGAAAGAAGAAGCAGUGGAAGAGGAGGGUGAAAGUGAAACUCCUUCUUUGAAAUGUCAGAAAAUGGAAGCUGAGGACACAAGUACAUUGACAGAAACUGAGAAGGAUGAGCCUAUUGUACUGUCUGACAGCGAAGAGGAAGAAGUUGUCAUUCUGGAGCCACAGGAACUACCAAAGAAAACAAGAACACAGACCAACUCAAAACAAGAGAGUACUAGCAAGAAAGCAUUUAACAAAAGGAGAAGAAAGAAGAGAGCUGCUUACUAAAGCCAUCAUCCCUCUUCAGAAAUGCUGUACAAUACAUCACUUGGUUUGUCUUUACUGAACUUAUUUUUAUAGAUAACUUUUUCCUCCCACCCCAUAUCUGGUCCUGCUUCUAUGUAUAUUUUAUAAACUCUUGUACACAACUUUAAAUGAAAACAUUUUUCAUGUAAGUGAAAUUCAAUUCUUACCAUCCAGCUGCAGCAGAAACACAUUAGUUCAGCUUGAACUAAGUCAAGUUCUACAUCUUGAAUUGCAGAGGUAAAAUGCAGUUUUCCUAAAAAAGAUUUUGGCCUUACUGAAGUGAGCUGUGUAGAGUCAGAGAGAGUGGGUUGUAGAAAUGGCAGCUCAAGUGUAAUGCCAGGAAAAGCUCCUUUUAAUUAAGGUAGCUAUUGCCAUGCCUUGAAGUGUUCUUCAUAGGGGUAAAUGGUGUCAGUCCACAUCUUACCUUGCACUUUGUAUAAAAAUGAACAGAAAUGCCCAUACUUACUGUAUUAAAACAGCAAAACUUCAGAGAGCAGCAACUCAUACUUCAAGGAUGUUUCUUUACAAGUUUAAUUAAAUAACCCAUGCAAUAGACAGGAAUUCUCCUUGAACUGUAUUUAGAGAAUUGUGUUCUGAGUUUAGAUUUGGGCAAAGGAAAGAGACAAGAAGGUUUCCAAAAUACCUCACCUAGCUGCUUUGUUGGAGAACCAAGUCCAACUGGAAACAUGCACAUAUUUACAAGAGCCAAGCAGGACUAUUUAACAUGUGACAUCAGAAUUGCAUGACAAAAGAACAGGAAAGAAGUUGCUGUAGCAGAUACUGCAUUCUUAAAAUCAGGUUUAGAAUUUAAUGUAAAACCCCAGAUCACUCCUAGCCAAGCAAAGCUUGCCCUUCCAUGGUCACAAAAUGGCUCAACUACAACAGAUCUGUGUCCUCCAAGGUUUCAGUAUUCCAGUACCAAGCAGCAAACC